AUGUCUCGUAGUGCGUGCGGUGUCUGGUUACCAGUUUGCAGAUGGCUACAGAUGGAUGGUUGUCGAACUGUACGCGUAGUAGUAGCUGCUGAUUGGUGGAACUCACACAGAAAUGUUUUAAUGGAAAGAGUGCCUAAAGAUGGUGUUGAUGGUAACAAUAGAUUGAAAGUUGCUCCAAUUAAAAAACCAGUGGGCGUAUGUUACCUUGCCUCGCAAGCUAUCUUUUUAGAUUUAGGUACAGAGAAGGAGGAAGAAACUGGAACAACGAUUGAUAUUUCUAAAUAUAAAAAGAAUGGAAAAUGGACAAUAUUACCAUUAUCUGUAAUACCCAAACUUAGCUUGCCUGAUUUAUCUACUAUUUAUCAUCAAUAUUUAGACCAAAAUAUACAAUAUGAGUGUAAAGAUAGACUGAGAAUGGGUAACAUAACUGAUGGUGGAUGGGAUGUUUGUGCAGAUGAACCUUACAGACCAACUAAAGAUGGUUUCGUUUAUUCUUUUGGAAUUAAUAAUGAUUUUAGUUUUGAUGAUGCUAUUUCUAAAAAAUAUAAUAUUCCAGUAUUUUCCUUUGAUCCUAGCAUGAAUACAAAAGCUCACAAUAGAAGUAACUUAGUUCAUUUUAUACCUAUUGGUAUAGCAGGAACUAAUAAGGUCAUAAACAAUGGAUGGAAGGUUUUACCAUUGAGUGAUAUUUUAAAGGAUCUUGGCCAUAAAAAAAAUGUAUUUGGUCUUCGACGAGCGCACUAA